AUGGGUUACUACCAAACCAUCAUGUACGAGAAGCUUGGAAUUACUGGAAAGACAAAUCUUCUGGUUGCAGGCAUGCACAACUGCACCGGCCCUCUUGCGAAUCUGUUUUUCAUCACCUUCAUCUCUGAUAGGAUCGGCCGAAAGAGGCCUCUGAUCUAUGGUAUUAUUGCCAUCACCAUUGCUCUAAUCCUAGAGAGUGCGGUCAACUCUCAGAACGUCGAUGGCACACACCGUGGCCUCAGUAUUGCCGGGGUUGCCUUCUUAUUCUGUGUCACAAUCAUAUUCUCGUUGUCGUUUGGCCCUGUUUCCUGGACGUACAUGUCUGAGGUUAUGCCAUAUCAAAUCCGAGGAAAGGGUUGUGCAUUCGCCACGGGUAUCGUCAGUCCCUUUGCCCUCGACGAGCUUGGCUGGAAGUUCUACUUCCUCUUCGUUGCUUUCAAUCUUGUCAUCACACUACCCACCCUUAUCUUUGCCUUUCGAGAAACAAAGGGCCUAUCCCUUGAGGAAAUUGAUCUCAUGUUUGGUGAUCGGGCUCUCGGGAACCUUCCUGCAGAUAUUGAGAAGGACGGAGGUGUCAUUGCUGUGACUAACACCCAUGAUGAGAGACCUCACCAGGAUCUUUGA